AUGUAAAAUUUGCAUCUCCCAACUUCGCAACUCUAUUAUGAGAUUUGUGCACUCUCCAGAAAUAAGAGAAUUAAUGAUAUUGAAAGAAGAGCACUAAAAAAGGUAGAACCUAUUUAUAUUAUUUAGCUUGUAAUUUUAGAUGAUAAGUAUAUAUUUGAUGUUAUUGAUGAUUACAAUCAAAAAAGAAUAACAGAGACUAAAUUAUAGGAUUAACUCAUACUACUCUCCAAAGAUGUUGAUAUGAAAUGUAAUCUAUUCACAAACUUCUAGCUGAUACUAUUGAUGAAUGCUAGUAAGAACAAGAUUACUAAUUUAACCAUGCAGAAGCAAAAAAGGUUAUAGAUUUCAUUGAAUAAAAUCCAUAAAUCCCAGAGGAAAUAGCAUCUCCUUUAGGUGCCUAAUUGUGGAAAAAAAGAAGAGCUGAAAGAUAAAGCAGAAAAGGAAAGUGAC